AUGGCUUCAUGGCGAGGGAAGAAUCAUGGAGAAAGGAGGUGGGCAUUUUCACCCCCAAACCCCGCUCGCCGUCAAUUGUUCAGUGCAGCAGCGAAGAUCCUACUCCUCCACGCCCGAGCCAGUGGUGUGUUCAUAUAUGUGGGGAACUGUGAGAGAUCUAUCUAUCUAUCUAUCUAUCUAUCUAUCUCACCGUUUUCAUAUCUAUCUAUCUAUCUAUCUAUCUAUCUAUCUAUCUAUCUAUCUAUCUAUCUCACCAACAGUGCGAGAUCUAUCUAUCUAUCUAUCUAUCUAUCUAUCUAUCUAUCUAUCUAUCUAUCUAUGUCCUUCUCUCUCAAGUUUAGAGCAGUGAUCUAUCUAUCUAUCUAUCUAUCUAUCUAUCUAUCUACCGUUUUCAUAUCUAUCUAUCUAUCUAUCUAUCUAUCUAUCGUUUUCAUAUCUAUCUAUCUAUCUAUCUAUCUAUCUAUCUAUCUAUCUAUCUAUCUAUCUAUGCCCUUCUCGCUCAAGUUUAGAGCAGUGAUCUAUCUAUCUAUCUAUCUAUCUAUCUAUCUAUCUAUCUAUCUAUCUAUCUCAGCGUUUUCAUAUCUAUCUAUCUAUCUAUCUAUCUAUCUAUCUAUCUAUCUAUCUAUCUAUCUACGCCACUCUCCCAGGUUUAGAACAGUGCGAGAUCUAUCUAUCUCACCGUUUUCAUAUCUAUCUAUCUAUCUAUGCACCACUCUCUCCCUUACUAGCAAUAUUUAG